GUAAAGUAUCGCUUUCUGGGGUGGUUUAUGUGGCUGAAAGAUGGAGUUAAAGGGCAGAAUCGCACCGGGGGCGCGUAAAGGUGGAGAUGAGCCCGGGAAAUUGCCGGAACAAGAAGAGGAGGAGGAGGAGGAGGAAUCCCAGGUUUUGCACGGAACAGGCCAUUGCAAGUGGUUUAAUGUGCGAAUGGGGUUCGGAUUUAUUUCCAUGAUUAACCGCGAGGGAAGCCCCUUGGAAUCUCCGGUUGAUGUCUUUGUACACCAAAGCAAGCUUUACAUGGAAGGAUUUAGAAGCCUAAAAGAAGGAGAACCAGUGGAAUUUACUUUUAAGAAAUCUUCCAAAGGCCUUGAAUCAAUACGGGUAACCGGUCCAGGUGGGAUUCCCUGUUUAGGAAGUGAGAGACGACCCAAAGGAAAAACAGUUCAGAAAAGAAAGCCAAAGGGAGAUAGAUGCUACAAUUGUGGCGGCCUCGAUCAUCAUGCUAAGGAAUGUACUCUACCUCCACAGCCAAAGAAGUGCCAUUACUGUCAGAGUAUCAUGCACAUGGUGGCAAACUGCCCACAUAAAACUGUUCCGCAGCAGCCCACUAGUUAUCAGGGAAGAUACGAAGCAGAACCCCAGCCCUCCACAUCAGCGUUCCUGAGAGAAGGGGGAGGGGCUUAUGGCUACAUUUCUCCAUCCUAUUCUCAGGAAGGAAGGUCCGACAUCUUAGAACAUUCAGGCCGGUCUCCACAAGAAGCCACUUCAAGUAAAUUAUCUCCAUCACCUGAAGAACAAAGCCGAAAGGGGCCCUCUGUUCAAAAAAGGAAAAAGACUUAAGAGAGCUUUGGUCACAGCCUUUCAUCUCCUUAUCCUCUCGGGAUGUCUACCUCAUACAAGCACAAGGAGAAUAAUUUCACGUAUCUUGCAACCAACUUAAAAUUUUAACUACUGUUGAGGACUGAUCACUCCAAGCAAAUUUCAUUUGAGUGGAAUGUCUUGAGUUUCAUUGAGCUGGCUUGGGUGCCACGAUAAGCCAUGGUUUGUCGUCAUGGUAAAGUAUGGUUUGUAUGCUCUGCCUUCCCUUUCUCCAGAGCAGCCAUGCAGUAAUGAUAAUGAAAGCUUCUGAACCUCAGGGCCAUGUUGCGGAGGAAUGCCAAGGAACAUGUCAGCCCAGAGAUGGACAACCUGGCUAUCUCCAGGUGUUUUGACUACCACUCCCAUUAGCCCCAGCCAACAGGGCCAGUGGUCAGGGAUGGUGGAAGUGGUGGGCCAAAGCCUUUGGAGGGCACUGAAUUGCUUGUCUCUGGGGCAUCCCUUGGCUCACUGCAGCUCAUUCCUCUCAUGAUAAACCAUAAUUUUUCGUGAUGUCCGAACUGGCCCAUGGUCUGAGUGUGUGAUGUCUUGAAUGUAUACAUUCGACACUCUGUUUCCUUGGAUACACCAUCCAUUGGAAAGCAAUAGUUUGAGUGAUUUUUAAAAUAAUUAUUCCUGGAAUUUUUCUUUAUUAUGUUGCCUUUUUAAUUAUACAAGAAAAAGAAAGGAGGGAAAACAAAUCACAACUGUUACUUCACGUGAACCCAAAGAAAUGCUAUUUAAAGCUGCCAUGGUCAUGGUACUAAAGAUAUUAAGACAUCCCUAUAGGGUUCAGGGUAGAUUUUUUUAAUCUCCUCCCCAUUACCCAAGAGAGCUAUGUCUUCUUAGCUUCUCAUCUUGAAAGGGUAAUGACUUAAAUGGUUUAAAUAUGCCUCAGAAUUGCCACAAUGUUUAAAGACUUAAAAGGCGCUCCCCACACUUUCCCCUCCCCCAAAGACAAUGAAUGUGUUGUUUUCUGUGCUGGUAUCUCAAAUAUUGUAUUAAAUUAAUAUGGUUGGAAUGCAGGUUAGGUAACUGUGAGGGCGAAUGUAUAACGUUGAAAUGAUUGUUUUGGCUGGUAUUGUGAUACCACCCUGAAUCUUUGUAUUUUGUGCAAAUCCCGGGGUGUUGUGAAGGCAGCAGUAGCAGCAUCUUCUUCAGACUCCAUUCUCACCAAUUGCAUGAAAUAUAAGUGAAUGGAUCUCCACAUCUCCUGAAAAGGGAACACAGGAUAAAAAUGCAGAAGAAAUACCUGCCACUUUGAGGAAAGAAAACCUGAAGCAGACCCCUUGGCCUUUUCGUUUCUGAAAUGUUAGGCUUUUAAUAUUUCCAAUCCUACCCAGUUUGCUCAGAAGUAACACUUAAGUGUCAUUAAGUUCAGUAGGGCUUAGUGAGCAUACAGUUGCAGACUAUUCAUUAUACAGAUGAAAGAGCGAGUGAAGUUGCAGUCCAACACAUUGAGGAAGGCUCACCUCGCAUCCAGUGGCACCAUAGUUAUUUCUACUACAGUGGUAUCUCGUAGCUCAAAUGACUCUUAACAUUGAACAAUCCAGAGUUUGAACAUUAGAGCCAAGAUAAAAUUGCUAAGCAGUUAAAACGAUGCUUCUAAGUUUGAACUGCAAGUGAAGUUUGCAGUGAAAAAAAAUGCAGUCGCGGUGAAAAUAUCAUUGGUUAUGCGCCCAGGUCAAAAAAAAAAUCAUGACAGUAAAAGACAUAUUGCCAUUAAUUACCUCAGAAUGCUCCCCCUCGCUCUGAACAGACUCAUCCCAUCAUUCUUGCCACUUUCUGAAGAAGCUCUGCAAGGGUUUCAUAAGUGUCUUUAGCUGCGCUGUCGUGGCUGCCUUGCUGCCCUGACUGGAAUCAAUUUGUCUCGUCUUGAAUCGAUUCAUCUUGUCUUGAAUGGAUUUAGGACCUCAAGGCAGCCAUGGCAACGCAAGAACAAUGGGGUAAGUGUGCUCGAAGCAACGGGUAGUAUUUGAGGGGGGGAUGAAUGGCAAAUAUCUUUCACUGUAAUUUUAAAAAAUGUAAACAUUCACCUUUUUUAUCACACAUCACAUAUAACCUCAAACUUAAUUAGUUUCAGGAGGCACUAUUUGCUGUUUAAGUUUGCCAAAAUGGGUAUUGUUCAGGGUCUGGGAUCAGAUUAAUUCACUUUCCAUUAUUCCUAAUGGGGAAAAUGUAUUUGAACAUUCAGAGUUCAAACUGCCUCCUGAAGCUAUUUAAAUUGAAAGUAUGAGGCACCACUGUAUAUGGUUGGUGAUUAGCAUCUGCAUUUUUCUCAUAGUGGACAUCAGUGGUGCUUGUUCUCCACCAGUGCUUUGAAAUGUUCCACAGCUGAUCAGCUUCUCACAUAUGGAUUGCUCGGAUACUCACGCCUCCUCUUAAAGCCUUCCCAGUACAAGCCCCUUCUGUAAAGGGAGUGUGUUGAGAGCAUGCAAUGUUCAAGUGUUUCCUCGAGGCUUAUGAAAGGGGACCCCAAUCAGUAGCUUUUAGACUAGAACGUGUUUCUGGUAAUAAAUGAAAAAAGGGGGCAGCAGUGUUGGAACAAGAACCCUGCCAGACCAAGGUUUUUCACUUAACCUAUUUUCAUUGUGAGCAGCACUUUAGAUCUGUGCGUGUUGGAUCCCAUCUUUCAAGGCGACGUUCAUGAAACCUUCAGUCCAGCCUUUCUCAACCUGGUGCUAUCCAGAAGUUUUGGACUGCCGUGCCCAGCAUUCUUGAACAUGCUGGCUGGUGCUAAUUGUUACUGAAAUGUAAGAUAUUUGGAGGGUACCAAGUUGGGGAUGCAGCUGUACAUUGCAUUUUGACUGACUACAGAGGAGUUGACAUAAAUUCACUUCCUUUGUAGAUUCCCAAUUUAGGACUGUAAAUCAGAGAUGUCACUUAGCUGUAGACAUGAGGACCACGUGCACCUGUGGCCUUGUGUGGCUCCCAGACACUGGGCAGCUGCUGCAGAACCUUCCAGGGGAAGCCCUAGCUGUGUGUUCCAUGGAUCAUGGCUGUUCCCACUCGAGUGUAUUAUUGAGGAACAUAUUAUUUUGUAGAACUGUUUUCCCCACUAGUUAAAAGCAAAGCAAGCAUUAUCCUUUCUAAGAGGUUUUGGCUAAAAUCAUGAAAACAUACUUUCUUCUGUUGAGUUACUGCCUACAGUAAGAAUUGUUUUGGCAGUCCUCCCAUCAAGGCUGAUGGGACUCCAUUCAUUGCACCUGGCUUAAGCAGAGAAGGCAUUGGUCCUAAGCCCAAAUCCUGUACUACUUCUGCUGCUGCUGCUGCUGCCGCCACCUCCCUUUUUUCAGGAAAUGUAUAAGGCUCAACAGCCUCAGUAACAGGCACAAAUCUUAUGUAACUUUGCUUGAAUUCCAUGACAGUCUUCAAGGAAAAAUAUCUCAAUGGUUUAUACUAAAGUUUUCAGUGUGCUACAAUGCAAAGUUUUUUUGACGAUACUGAAUGUGAUAUAUGUUUAGAAGAGUACUUCCUUGCCUUAUGUAAGGAUUGUAAACUUAUUUAAGUUAUGUAGACAAAUCAAAGUGGCAUUGCAUAAACUUCUAGCAGGUAUGAUAAUUGGGUUAGACCCAGUUCACAUGUAAAGGUGGCAAAUCAUGGAUUGAACCAUGAUUUCUUGUCAUGUAUGCUGAGUGCAUCCCAUGACUAUAUUGAAUAUUCAUUCCCCAGUGGGGCUGAUUGCUAUGUAAAUGAUGUCCAGACCUGAACCUAUAGGUUAAUCGAAGGCAAAACAGAGCAUGAUUAACCAACAACUGGUUAUCUGUGGGAAGUUUGUUGUUGUUCUUUAACCCACCAUUAAUCUAUAGUAUCUGGAUUCAGACAUCAAACAGCAACUACCAGACAGCUUACUCAACGGCUGAAUAUUCAAAAUGGCUAUGGAAACCCACCUGCCAUGUGGCACAGCAAAUUGUGGUUUAGUUACCCAAUAAUUUGUGACUGUUACAUGAGAACAGCCCCAUGAACAGCAACAAUGCAAAACCUGGGUCACUUUGAAAAUAUAAACCAAAGUUCCUUGACGUUUAUAUAGAAAUGGUGGAUGGAAAUGGUGAAUUUGAAAACUGGCCAUUCCCCCAUUUACAUACUUUAUAAUUCCAGACCUGAAAUCAUUGUGAAAUAAAUUCCAGCAGCUGCAGAGUGAAUUGCUAAGAGAGCCUAUCAAGCCUAUAUCAUGAAAGUUUACAUUUUAUUUUUAUAAAUGGGAGGAUGGUCACUAUUACAAAAUAGACUUCUCAGGACAAAGAACCUUGCUCAGGGAAAAUGCCAUGUUAAUUCUUUUUUUUUCUUUUACAGUUUAUGUGCUUGCUCAUAACAAACCAAAAAUACUUUAUGCUACUAUUUACUGUACUGCUCUAUACAUGUUUUGUGCUGAUGAUAAUAUCUACCUCUGUUUACAUAUUAAUGGGUUUCUGACAACUCAGAUAUCAACUUUUGCAUUCUGCUUUCCUGUGAAAAUAGAAGUACAGUGGUAUUUCUGUACUGAAGUGAACAUUUGUGAGUUGACAUUCACAAGUAUGGCUGACUGAUAGAGGGACGGGCAAGGCAGCUCCUCCCCGUUUCUGAAAUUCUCAGCCACAUUGUUUACAUAGGGAAUAAUAACAUUAUUCUGUUUACAGCAAACAACUACCUCAUACUUACCACAUAAGCAACACCUUUGUGCUGCUCAGGCCUUAAAGGUGGCUGUUGAUCUUAUGGUACAUACCAGUUUUUAAACUAUUCUGCAGUUCACUGCCUCUGUCUAUGUCUAUGUAGCUUGCUUUCACGGCAAGUGUUAGAACAGCUAUGUGCUUAAUUUAAAAGUGAUGCAUUCAUUUGAAAUGGUUAUGAGAGCCUCUCUUAAAGUUUAGAUUUUAUUUUUUCCUGCCUGGAGAAGAAAUGGGUGCUGUUCACAGACAAAUACUACAUGCAAAGGCGACCAAGUACCAGUAUGUUGGAAUUAACUGAUUAGCCCUGGAUUGCAAUAAAAUCACAGUGGGUUUUUUUCCUGUUUCUUGCAGCUAAGGUCAAAGAUCCAUUGUUACAGCCUGAUAUACUUCUAAAUGAGGCUAUCCCACUUUGACUGGAGAAGUAGAUUCGCUGCAUCAUAAGCUAUUGAUAGGACCAGAAUGUGCCACUCCAAAAAUUGUAGUCACUGCCAGGUUCUGUAAAGCUACCAUGUAAACAUUUGUUCUCCUGGCUUUCACUACUUUGACAAUGAGCAAGCCCAAAUAAGAACUUGCCACCUGGCUCCAGCGCUCGGCCUACCUGAGGAGGAUGCCCCAACGGCCCAGUUCAGAUGUAGCAAUCCCAGUCCAAUGAGCCACUGCUGUCGGACUGACAAAGAACCCUGCACCUGCUCACACUUGCCCCACCUCAUUUUGUAUGCCCAGCUUUGAUGGGGAUGUUGUGGCUUAUUAAGCCAUAGUUUAUGUAACAUUUGGACUAGAAAACUAUGGUUUUAACUAGGCUUACAAACUAGGAUUGGAUCCUCAUUUGCAAACAGAAUUCAGAUCAUGCAUCCCCAUGUUGCCCAAACCAGUUUCCUAAUGUUUGUUGUUUAUCAUCACGUUGUCUUCCACUUAUGGCAACCCUGUGAAUGGAUGCCCUCCGAACAUCCCGUCCUUGACAGCCCUGCCUUCCACAGAGCGUGGGCACUUCGGUUUCUACGCUUGGUCCUCUCCUAUUGUCCUGGUGUUGGGCAGCAGUCUGAAGCAGGCAGCCUAGCCUAUGUGUGAAGACACCCGUGAUGAUGGCAACCCUUUGCAGUCAGGGUUGGCAUCCUUGCGCGGGGCCUAUGUGUGUAGAGCAGAAUUCCCUCUUUGGGUGUUUCCCCUGUCCUGGCCCUUGCAGAUGGCAGAGGCCAGGGGCACAGCCCCGCUUCCACCCUCACAUGACUGUAGUGCCAUAAAGCAGGAUGGAUGCUUGUGUCCCCCCAGAUGCUUUGGCCUACAACUCCCAUCUGCCCUAGCCAGCUUAGCUAAUCUUUAGCAAUGGUGGGAAUCACAGAGCAAAAAAAUCUGUUAAAUACAAGUUAUAAAGGGAGAGAUAGCUCCCAAGUAUGGUUAAUAUUUUCCUUGCUGCUCGUUCCAAACGGCAAUGGGAGGAGCAGGUCAAGGAUGAAGAGCUUGGGCAGGAGACAUCCAUCUGAACUGGGCCAGUAUGAGGUCUUAAGAUGAAAGAUGGCAACAUCCUUCAAUAUGGGAACACGUGGCUGUAAAAUUCGCCUUGUCUGUUGUCAGUCGACAUGUGAAGGCUUCUACAGCACUCUGCCAGAGCUUUUCUUGGCAUCCUCUUGUAAAGCAGUGUGAAUUUGUACAGCACCCUAGGCCAAAGCUUCAAGCAGCAUGCAUGCCAGAGUGACAGCACAAAUGUCUUCCCCACCACAGGAAUGGAGCCCUUCCUCUUCUCUGCCGAUACAUUAGGACUGGACUUGCUGGAUCCUGAGAAACACUCUGGCCUUUCUGCUGAAGCCAGUGGGGUCACACUGUUGAGUUGACCCCAAAGACAAUGCGCACACUUGCAUGGCAUCUCUUGGGCCAUUCUGGAAGGAGAAAGACAACUGGUUGAAUACUUAGAUGCUGUUUGGGCACAAAAAUUAGUUCGAAAAACCUGAUACUCUUGCCAAAUAAAGGCUACUCAAUUCUUUAAAAAAGUAAAAUUAAUUUGUGCUUAGUGCUAUCCCAAAGUUACUUCUAGGAUGUAGUUUUGUGGAUAGAGACCCAUAAAAGUGUUUAUAGACCUUGUGACCUUCUUUGUAAGGAAAAUGGUAAAGAACGUGGGAAGAUCUCAUUAAGUCUUAAAGCUAAUUUAAAUUAAUUUAUCUCUAAGAAAUGUUUAUCAUAAAAAUAUAUGUGUGUGUGUUUUCUUCCCCUUGCGUUAUGAUGGAUAUGAAAGGAACUGGGAAAAGGUGUGAGUGCAGAUGCACUGAUUUUAAUUUUACUAGAUGUCUUUAAUGAGAUUUGAUUAUUUUGUCUUUGCUGGGUUUUAAAGACUUAUUAAAUGUGUCUUGUUCUGUUUUACAUCAACAGCUUUAUAAGGAUAUGCUGGUUGUGUUACUUCUGUCAUUGUGACUAGCUAGUAACAAGAUGCUGGCUUAGAAACCUUCAUAAAACGUUAUUUGUGCAACUGCUCUGUUGGACGGAAGAGGCUGGUAAGCAAAGUGUGAUCCCGGAGCCAAAAGUACCCACCUGUGCUCUGGGCCCCACAACUGCCAAGCCCAGAUACGAAGGAGGGGGGUGGAUCAGCAGAUUCGGGGGCAGUGGGGCUUGAGCGCAGAGCAAUUUGAAGAUGCCCUAAACCUAGUUGCUGCCUAGGCUUUUUUGAUCAGGGUUGUGAGCUUAAAACUCAUGAGCUUUCAAGCACAUGGCCUGUUCCUUUGAAGGUGCGACGUGCCAGCCAGCACAACCUGGGAAUUAAGCUGAAUAUCAGACAAAUGGUUCCGCCUUUUGCAACAACUGUUUCUAACCUAAAAUGGCAGACUAAGGACAUUGUGAUGGUUUUGACUACCUCUUGCAUUUUGCUACUAUUUAAUUAACAAACUGGUUGACAAGUAUUACCAGAUUGGCUUGAAUCUCUAUGUUGUUCAUAGUAAACCUAAUAGCCAGAGACCAAAGUGAACACUGAUAUCUAUGCGUCUUGAAUAUUGUCUUUUUAUCUAGUGUUUUUAAAAACUGUCCUCUGUAGUGUAUAGAUUACCUCAUGGUCCAUUUUGACUCAUAUUUUGUUUACAAGAUAUAAUUUUUAAAAAAUCACUUGAAUUGUUCAGGUCUUUCAGAAGAAAAGACAGUGAGAUGAUUUUUGUGUGUGGGAGGGAGUUCAUUUUUCACACGUUUUCUGUCUCUUGUCUUGUUGGACUGAAGCACUGAUUGCCUUUCUACAUAUCCUGUAUUUUAUAUUUUCAUUUAAUGCCUAUUGCCUAUUUUUUUUUUAUUUCUAUCAAUCAUCGAUUUGUGACUGAGGCUUAAAAGGAUCACAUGAUGAAAAAUAAAACAUAUAACGUUGGCAUUUA